UUGUUUUGGGAAUUAGAUGAUUUGGCAGCCAUAUACUGAGGCGGUGAUGGAUCGACUUCCGGAGAUUUGUCGCUCAGACAUGCACAUUUGGCGUUCACGGGCACCUCUGAUAUGCUUUGACGUCGUUGAGUUCCACCUCCCAGACCGAGUCCUUCGUCAGUUCGGGUUAGACCAGCCGAUCCCACAGGAUGUAGACACGGACGUUGCUCUACACAGGAAGGAUCGAAGGGGACAGCGUAAUUGGGAGAUUCGGCAUUCGGACCAUGUACACGAGUGGAGUCGACGAGAGGCAUUAGUCGUCCAGGGAUACCCGUUCACUGGGACUUCUUCCCCGGCCAUGACAGAGUACAUGGCUUGGUACCGUCGCAUCACGAGACUGGUCAUUACUCCACCUUCGCAGGAGCGCCCCCCGAGUCAUUACCAGCCAGCUACCUCUGACCUCCUGCUUGCACAUGCAUUUGCUGAUUUGCACGUCCAGCUAUCGGGAGCUACUGAGACCAUCUCCCACUUGCCACCAGAGACGGCUAUACCAUUUGCCAUACAGACGAUGCAGGGUUUUACAUCAUUUUGUGGCCAAACCUUGUCUAGGGUGGGGCAGUCACACCUUAUUCAGCAGCCUCGACCGUCCACGUCUUCAUCUUCUACUGUGCACACUAUGCCGAUCAGACCACCACCUCAUCGUGGAGGCCAUUCAGCACGUGCCUUCCGUCCACCGACUCCUUCUCAGCAUACUAUCAUGACAUCUCCUCCACUAGUGCAUCGCCAGUAUCAGAGAAACCGACGGCGUAGCAACACUACGUCUGGGGUUGGAGUUGGCCUGGAUGACAUUCCAGAGGAGACAGCUGCAUCAUCUUCAUCGUCACCUCAUGGGAAGAAGCAACGCCCGAGCUAAGUGUAUAUUUUGGAACUAAACUAAUUUUUUUUGUAAAUGCUUAGAAUUGGAUUUUGUUAUAUUUAAUCAAUUGAAAAAUAUUCGACUUUGCAAUUUCGACUUCCUUAGAUCUUCAUAAACUUGUUAUUUAUGGUGGUUGUGUUGAAAAUAUGCUAUAUAUCUCAUGUUUUACAGGUACACAACUUGCAGGUUUUUUUUUUGAGUGAUUAUGCAAGUUUGAAAAAAAAACCAGUCCA